AUGAACGAACUUGACGAUUCUGAGCUCUGUAUUAGUACUGACUCGGAAUCGGACGAGAUCGUGGGCUAUGAGUCGAUUUCUGAAGAUGCCACCUCCUUUACAAUGGAUAUGAGACCGCAAGCAACUCAAUUCCACUUGGGUUCCAGGAGAAAGCCAGCUUUCAACGUUGGUGCCAUCGCCAAAGCUAUCAUUCACGGCACUUUAGACCAAGACUCCCACACACCAGCAACACUGCUGGUGUACGACUUUUCGUUCUUCUCGCACCGAUCGACCCGUAUCAAGGAGGCCAACAUAUCGUUCGAGUUCCGGGCAAAGAAAGGCAGCGCCAGCAUAGGCCCGACAGUCACCAAAGUGGCGCCUUUUGGAAAACACGUCAUGAUGCAGACCACAGAAACGGUGACCAAGACAGUGGGAGGGGAGGGCGGGGUUUCGGGAGGCGCUGUUGUGAAUGUCAACACCAACCUGCGUGCCGAGAGGUCCGUCGAGAAGGUGACCACGCAUGCGGCCAAGGUUGUGGGAAACAACCCCUGCGACGAGUGGAGCAACUAUCCCCUCGCGCAAUGGUCUCUGCAAGAGAACGAGUCUCAGCAGAACGGGAUUAUGACGCUUUUUCGAGCGUGUGUUCUUCUGACUAGGGAUACAGAGGAAGACUUCGAAUUGUUGCCUGAUGUCCAGGUGACACCUGACCUGAAGACCAGAUUAGGCUCCCUCAUGGCUUUCAGAAGAAGCGAUGACCCAAUCAUACUCGCACCAGCCAGCGAGCCUCUUAACGCGCUAGCAAACGACCUUGUACAGAAGCGUUGGAACCUGGGUCAAGUGGACUUAUCCAGUUUGUGGGACUGUACAUUUCACAACACAUUUGAGGAAGCAGUCAAGGCGUCAAGGGCCCAGUCGCUGCGCGAGGGGAGAGCUGAGAAGGUGACGACAGUUGUCGAAAUUGCAGUGGCUGAGUCAUGA